AUGUCGACAGUUUGUUAGCAACUGUAGUGAUAAACAAAAAUCUGAAAAAAGCAAAGUUCAGUUCAACAAUUAUAGAAAUUGACAAUCAAUUUUUCCAGUUUUAUGUUUAAUGUUUGUUCCAAAUGCAAAGCAAUAACAUUUUAUACCCUGGUAUACUUUUGAGCUUUCUUGCACUUAUAACUGCAGCUUCUGAAAGUCCAACCCCGAUAACUAAAAACAGGUCUUUACCGCUUGUUAUCAAUACAUGGGAGUUCACCCAAGCUAAUACAGCAGCUUGGUUCAUACUGAAUCAAGAACCAGGUGGUAAUGCUUUAGAUGCGCUUAUCGAAGGCUGUGCCACUUGUGAACGCCUACAAUGUGACGGCACUGUCGGCUAUGGUGGCUCGCCGGAUGAAAAUGGAGAAACUACACUGGAUGCUAUGGUUAUGGAUGGCAGCAAUAUGAACAUUGGAGCAGUUGCUGGCCUAAAACAAAUAAAGGAUGCUAUAAGUGUAGCACGGCAUGUACUGGAGCAUACAAAGCACACUUUGUUGGUUGGUGAUGCAGCAAGUAACUUUGCUGAGAAAAUGGGUUUUCGACGAGAAACACUUGCCACGAACAAUUCAAUCGAUAUAUGGAAAACAUGGCGUCAAAAUAGUUGUCAACCCAACUACUGGUUAAACGUAUAUCCGGACCCUACCAAAAAUUGUGGUCCAUACAAACCAAUCUCUUUCGAUGUUUUGACCAAUGAAGACGUUUAUCGCUAUGAAUACCAAAUUGGACGCUGGAAUCAUGACACAAUUGGCAUGAUUGUCAUUGAUAAAAGUGGUCAAAUAUAUGCAGGAACAUCUACUAAUGGUGCCAAACAUAAAAUACCUGGACGUGUUGGAGACUCUCCCAUACCCGGUGCAGGUGCUUAUGCAGAUAAUGAAAUCGGUGCAGCUGUAGCUACAGGUGAUGGUGAUAUAAUGAUGCGGUUUUUGCCAGCGUUGGUGGCGGUAGAAGGAUUACGUGCGGGUAGGACGCCCACAGCAGCAGCAGAAACUUCAAUGCAACGAAUCAAACGUUACUAUCCAGAUUUCAGUGGAGGUUUGGUUGUAGUUGACCGGUUUGGAAACUAUGGUGCUGCUUGCGUAGGGAUGUUAAAAUUCCCAUACUCAAUUGUGAGUGGUGAUGCGACGCAAAAGACAAGAGUAGAAUAUAAGUAUUGUAAAACUGGUCCAACAUUUUUGUGACUGAAGAAAAAAUUGUGUAAACAAAACUAAUAAAAUUACUAUUCCACUUGUAAAA